GUGGUCCCUUCACUGACCCACUGCCUUGCAUACUGACACCAACCCCAGCCAGUCUGUUGUUGUUGUCGUUGAAGCGGCGCCUUCUCUCCAGCAUGCCGCUCGACAAGCUCUCUCCCCCGGGUGAAAACGGCGACAGCAGCGGCCGGCGGCCGAGAGCUUGUGGCGGCUCGACGCCCUCGCCUCCGCCGGCCCUGAGGUGCUCGUACGUGGCCAGGAGUCUGGCGGCGGCGGCAGUGGGGGGUAGGAAGAUGACGCAUCCCGGGAAGGCCAUCCUAGCAGGUGGGAUUGCGGGCGGAAUCGAGAUUUGCAUCACCUUCCCGACAGAGUAUGUCAAGACUCAGCUGCAGCUGGAUGAGCGAGCCAACCCGCCGCGUUAUCGGGGCAUCGGUGACUGCGUAAAGCUGACCGUGCAGGAUCACGGUCUCAGAGGCCUGUACCGAGGGCUCAGCUCGCUGCUCUAUGGCUCCAUCCCCAAGUCGGCAGUUAGAUUUGGCACCUUUGAGAUCCUCAGCAAUCCAAUGCGGGACGCCACGGGCCGGCUGGACAACACACGAAGCCUCCUGUGCGGCUUGGGGGCGGGCAUCGCCGAGGCCAUCGUCAUCGUGUGCCCCAUGGAGACUCUCAAGGUGAAAAUGAUCCAUGACCAGUGCUCGAUGAGGCCUCGCUACCGGGGUUUCUUCCACGGUGUCAGCGAGAUUAUCAGAGAGCAAGGUGUCCGGGGGACCUAUCAAGGUCUGACGGCGACCGUGCUCAAGCAGGGAACCAAUCAGGCCAUCCGAUUUUAUGUGAUGAACGCGCUACGCAAUUGGUACAAAGGGGAUGAUCCCAGAAAGGAAAUGCACCCGAUCGUCACGGCCAUGUUUGGAGCCACAGCGGGGGCCGCCAGCGUUUUCGCCAACACACCUUUGGACGUGGUCAAGACGAGAAUGCAGGGUCUGGAUGCCCAUCGCUACAAGAACACGGUGGACUGCGCCUUCCAGAUCCUCAAGCAGGAAGGACCCCAAGCGUUCUACAAAGGGACCAUUCCCCGGCUGGGCCGUGUGUGCUUGGACGUGGCCAUCGUCUUCGUUAUCUACGAGGAGGUGGUCAAGCUGCUCAACAACGUGUGGAAGACCCAAUAAGAGGACCUAAGAGGAUCCCCUAAAAGAAGACUGGCAAAAACCUCUGGAAAUCACCAGACCAGAUAUUUCCACGUCGCUUUAGGAACACUUUCCAGCACUAAAACAUGGCAAUGGAGGAUUGUUAGUGCAAGAGCGAAGUUUAUUAAAAAAAAAAAAAAAAAAGACCAAUCACUUUAAGCGACCACAGGUUUUAAGGCACUUGAGUGGAGUCCAAAAAAGUGAUAAAUUGGUAGACAAAAGACAAAAUCUCUGUGGUAAAGUUUUUUUUCACUUGAGAGAUCAGAAGUGAUGUUGGACCUGCUAGUUCAUCGUUGAGGAAUUCUUCCAUACCAAACUCAUCCAGGCACACCUUGAUGGACCUUGUGCACUGUGAACAGUAAAAAAAAAGGGAGGGGGGGGGGGGUCUCCUAAACCCCACAUGGGUAGAUGCAUACAAUAGUCCAUACCUUCUUGGUAAGAGGAAUAAUUAAGAGUCAGUGGUCUAGUUAAUUCCUUUGACUGUCCCAAUGCUUUGGUACAUUAUGUUUUUACCUUCUAUUAAUUAUACUGUACGUAGGGUGGGGGUGAGCGCUUAGUACUGAAACCACAAAUGUGUCUUUUGGUUUGGGAAAGACAUAAAAAAUGGUGGCACAGUUUUAAACACGCACACGAAGUCCAGCUGUCUUGCUCAACGCUAACAGACUUUUUGUCACAGCUAAAUUGAUUUGAUGCUGCAUUUUUGGUGAAAUUGUUUUGUUAGCCACAUGCUAAGUCAAGCGUUUGAUGCUAACAGGCCUGUUGUUGAGACUUACAUAUGAAGCUUAACCCCAGAAGCUAUUUAGCACACACAGCUUUAAGAGCUCACUUUUUAAUCACUGGUAAGUUGAUUCACGUUGCUUUUUUGGGGGUGCAAAACUGUCCGUUAACCUCAUGCUAAGUCCAUCUGUUUCGUUCAUUGUCACGCUAUUCUGAUGAACUGUAUCCUAGAAAGCUAAUUAGAUCCGACUUUUUGUCAUCGAAAAGUUGAUUGACAUUGCAAAAUUGUCAGUUAGCCACAUGCUAAGUCCAUCUGUCUCAUUCGACGCGAAUAGGAUCAUUGUAGUGCUGAUCCGACACGUAGGCCAAAUAUUUGUAGUAGCCAGUUAGCACUUAGCGUUAAGAUUUCACACCAUUGACCUUAUUAUCAUGGGUUUUUAUGUUUUCUAAAUGUUAUCAAUUUAACUGAAUUGUUUUAUACACUUAUGAUCCUCAUUCUAGUUUCAUGUAUAUAAGAACAUCUAAGGGGUUGGGGAGGUGAGCACACAUUUGAGAGGCUUACUGUGGAAACAAAUUAGUAUCGAAAACCACUCUGCCUUACACAGAAAGCCUUUUGAGUCUUUUUUUUUUUUUUUUUUGCCAAACUCCAAACAUGAGACGCCAUUAUGCAUCUGAAUGUUGUUUCCAAUUGUGUGUGUGAGUGUGUGACUAACCUGUGCAAUCGUUUCGACUGUUAAAAAAAAAAAAAAAGAAAUCAGGAAACAAACUGAUGUUUUCACGGUGUAAUAAACGUUGCUGGUGUGGAAAAUC